AUUGAAGUUGGUCAUGUUGGAAGCAAAUACUUCCUCUAAUUGGGAUUCAACCUUCCUUCCAUCUACUCCUGCUCCACCAAUGCUUCUCACACUAGUGAUAUCCUGAUUUUUUUUUAAUCACACAAGCUCACACACACCUAUGUACACAUGCACCACUGGCCCGACGUUGAAUAUGUAAAUCGACAUCUGCUCCAGUACCCAAUCUCCAGCCCUCACCAUGUGUCUGAUAUGCUAAUGCAGCCAGCAGAGUUUCUUCACUCCACAUCUCUCACUCUGUUUCCUUUCCUUCACUUCCUCAGUGCUGGAUUUCUCAAGCCUGCCAAGCAUGAGCAGAUGAGGCAGAGGAGGGGGAAGUGUGACAGAGAGAAAGGGAGAGAAGCUUCAAACAAAACCUGAUAAUGAUGUUGUUAUGGAUGGAUGUUUCACACACGAACAGGCAUGUGAGCAACAGCGAGAAGCCAGGCUUAUUAGAACAAUAGAAAGGAAUCCAGGAGAGAGAUACUGGGAGUGGGAGGUGGGACAAAGCUUCAACUCCUCUGGUGCUUCUGUGCUAUGUUAACUGUGAGGUGCUGCAGCACCUGCCCCACCCUACCUGCUUUUUUGGAUGACAACCUAUCAGUGAUAAUGAGCCCUAAGGUUGACAUCUUGUAGUCUUAUGUGCUGCACAUUGUUUACAUAUACACAGUUCAAAUUAAUGAAAGGACUCUUUACAAUCAUGACUACCACAUUUGCAUUGGGCAGAGAGAUGGAUGGCAUCCCACUCUAGGGGCAUUGUUCUCCAUCCAAAUCCAGGGGUGUGCUCUGAUUUAUUAAGGAUGAAAUGGGACAAGACCUGGUUCCCAGAGAUCUCCAGUUGGCUGUGUUCACAGCGUUUGCUGCUUUGACUGAGUUCUGAGUGAAUACAUGAAUGUUAAAAGACACGAGCUGUGGCUCUUUGCCUUGCAGGCUGCAUUUGAGGUCUCUUUGCUGUGAGGAUGCUUUGUUGAACACUAUAAUCAAUAGUAUGGUCAUGGUAUCUUUAUAACGUUAAACUGAAAAUAAACAAUCAUGUAUUAAAAGCCAUCACACAACUGAAUCAAAUUGUUUCAUUUCACACCCAAUUAAUCACACUUUUCAAGGGAAGUCACAUUUUAAAAGAGUGUAUAUUAACCUUGUGGGUCAUUAGAAAGUAAAUCACUCAUUUUGCAAAAAAAAAGAAAAGAAACGAGAACAUUAUCAGACUGCUUCUUGGUCUGACAAUGAAAAUCCACAUCACAUUGUUCAAUCACACAGUACCACACACAUAGGGCCUGAUCAAAAGGUUUGUGUGUGCAAAAACACGUGCAAACUUGAUAGCGCGCGAGACUGGAAGAUGGCGCCGGUGUGUGUGGCCUGCCGUCUCUCGCUGUCAGUGCUGUUUGUGUCUAUUGUUAUCAGUAAUGUCAGCUCACUGCUUGUGUAUGACAGCCAAACACUGCUGGAUCCUUGCCUCUCUGCCAAGGAUUUGGUGAAAUUAGAUCCUGAUCAUGAUGGUCAUACAACGUUUCAGCCGUUUCACCUCCCCGGGAUACCAGCUCACCUUCACUGCACCCACGCUCCACUUCCCUGGGCUAAACGCCGGCGCUACUGGUGCCGCCGGGGCAAAUACAGCAGCCAGCUGGUGAAACUUAAAGCUCGAUCUGCUUUAAGUGAGGCUCCCAAGUCUCUUGGUUUUGAUGCCUCCACUGAAAUUUGUAAAAAAAAUGUCUCCUUUUUUUCCACUGAUAAAAUUAUGUCAACCAGAGCCUGUAUCUCUCAGCCUUCCUAUGACCCUUCAGCCCCUCUGCACCCCUCACCUGUCUGCUAAAUUUGAGUCUGUGUCUCUCUGUAUUUUAAAUGACAUAGUCAGCCAUAUGAAGUCUUCUGGACCUCCUGCAGAUGCCCCCCCCCCCCCCCACACACACACACACACACACACACACACACACUUGUUUAAAGAGGUACUUGCUACUGUUGGACCAAGUGUCCUUAAUAUUGUAAAUAGUAGCUUCUCCUCUGGUAAAGUACCAUGAUUUUAAACUGGCCUCGACCCAUCCCUCUGUGCCAGUUUCAGACCCAUCUCAAAUCUUCCAUAUCUGUCCAACAUUUUAGAGAAGGUUGUCUACAAUCAGUUGUUACCAUUUUUGGAAGAUAAUGGUAUAACAGAGUUGUUCCAGUCCGGUUUCAAAGCUCUACACAGCACAGAGUCAUCAAUUGAAAAGGUGUCUAAUGAUAUCCUUUUGUCAACAGACUCUGGAAAGUUUGUUGUCCUAGUGUUUGUUGUCUGCUGCAUUUGACACUGUUGACCACAGCAGUUUAAUCUCUCACCUGGAGCACUGUGUGGGCAUUAAGGGUGCCGCCCUCGACUGGUUCCGGUCGUACUUAACGGACAGUGUCACAGUCUGCUCCAGCCUUUCCCCAUGGACUCAGUAGUUUUCCACUACCCUGCUCACACCACACCCACUCCCUGAUUACCACACCCACUCUCAGUCACUGAUCACACACCUGCCUUCACUCAGUAAUCACACACCUGCCCUCACUCACUAAUCAGCUCCCCAGCUCUCUGCUUAGUAUAUAUUCUCCAGCCUCACACUCACUCAGUGCCAGAUUGUUCUUUGCUAUGCGAGACUUUCCAGCGUUCUUCUGUUUGUCUUCCCGGUGCCCACUCCGCCUGUCUUCGACCUGCCUGCUUCAUCUGCCUCCUGGUAAAUUACCUUAGCCUUUUGUUCCCGACUACAAGCUCUGCCUGCCCCCCUUCUGAUUGUCUGCCUGGUCUGUUUGCCUCCCGGUUUCUGAACUUCUGCCUGCCCUGACCAAGCUGGGUCAGGGCAGCAAGUCUUUGUGUCCAAGACUUGCUGUUUCCCCAACAACAAACCCUGUAUCACAAGUGACAUAAAAGCAAUCCUUAACCAGAAAAAGAAAGCUUUUAAAGAUGGUGACAAAGAACAACUCAAACAAGUGCAACAAGAGUUGAAGAGGAGACUGAAGAUGGCAAAGCUGGAGUACAAAAAGAAGAGAAGAGAAGAAUCUACAACACAGCAACAUCUGUGAAGUGUGGAGAGGAAUCAGUACCAUCUCUGGACACAGCAAUAAAAAGAAUAGACAGCCAGUGGAAUGUGAUGUGGAAAGAGCUGAUGAACUCAACCUUUUCUUUAACAGAUUUGACACUGCUGUCACACCCAUUCCACAGCUACUUAACCUUACUCUCCUCAACAUGUGAAAAUCUCCACUGUGGCUACUCCUCCUCCUC